AUGGCUCUAUUGGAUUUUCUCUUCCUCCAACAUCCCGUCUUAGUCACGGUGAUGGGCUUGGUGGUCGCGCUGGUCGUAUCAUCUGCUCGAGCGAGAAGUCUGAAAGAUUAUCCGGAUUUGCCGUGGGUAGGGAGGACAUCGAAUAAAUUUGGUGCGACGACGUAUGCGAAUUGGAUGAGUGCUUCGCAUACGCGUGAGUGGUUGACGGAGGGGUAUAAUAAGUACACCAAACACAACAAAUCCUUCCUCAUGCCCUCCAUCACGGGCAAACCCCAAAUCAUCAUCCCCAACUCCCGCCUCACCCUCUACAACGACCAACCCGAAACCAUCCUAAGUGCCUGGAAAGCACACUAUGAUUCUCUCGCGUGCAAAUACACCUUUACAGACCCCGAACUCGUCAAAAUCCGAUUCCACGAACACGUUCUCGUUACGAAUUUACCACGCAAACUUCAAGACAUUUUACCGACGAGUUUUGAUGAACUUCGCGUGACGAUGGAUGAACUUCUGGGAAGUGAAGUGACGAGCGAGUGGAAAGAGGUGAAUGUUCUCGCGAUGAUGACGACGAUUGCUUGUCGGGUCAGUAAUCGGACUUUGAUCGGUUUGCCUCUGUGUCGAGAUUCUCGACUUUUGGGGCAUAUGGUUUCGUUUGCGGAAGAUUGUAUUCGGUGCAUUAUUGCGAAUACGUUCCUUCCGGCGCUGUUGGAACCGGUGAUGAAUAUUGUUGCUUUGCCGAAUUGGUAUCAUUAUUUGCAGGUUCGUCGGGUGAUGAAACCUGUUAUUGAACAACGUCUUGCAGACAUUCUUGAAGAAGAAAAACAAGACUCUUCUUCUCAUCAUGAAGCCGACGACGAAAAACAGCAACCAUCCAAAAACAAACAUCAGAGAAAAGUCAUUCCAGACGACUACAUCACCUGGCACAUCCGCACCGCAUUAACAGAAAAUAAACCUUGGGCUCUAGACAUUUCCUGGACAGUACGAUGUCUUCUCGCUCUCGAAUUCGCCACCAUUCACACGACACUCAUCACAGGCAGUAAUGCCCUCUUGGACAUUUUCUCCUCUUCCUCUUCCUCCUCCUCUUCCUCCUCCUCCUCCUCCAACCCCCCCACCCCAACAACAAUCCAAUCCCACCUCCGCUCCGAAGCCUCAAAAAUCUUCCCCCCCUCCCAAACCACAACCCCUCCUCAACCCCCCACCAAACCCCUCCUAAACACCCUCCUCCUAACCGACUCCAUCCUCCGCGAAAGCAUGCGCAAAGGAAAUUUCUCCUCCCUCACAACCCGCCAAGUCAUCCACCCCUCGGGGUUUUUCGAUCCCAUAGAAAAUUUCUCUGUACCAAUGGGAGCGACGAUAGGAAUAUGUUCGUGGAAUCGUCAUCAUGAUGCCGAAGUGUUUCCGGAUCCGGAGAAAUUUGAUGCGUGGAGGUUUGCGAGGCCGAGGGAGGAGUUUGAGCGAAGGAGGGGGGAGAGGAGGAUGCAGAGAGAAUUGGAGGGGAAAAAAGAGGGGGAGGAUGAGAAGAGAAGGGAAGAAGAGGAAAAAGAGGAGAGAGAAGAAUGGCUUCGAUUGCAAAAUCUGAGCAUGACGAGUGUGGGAAAGGAUAAUUUGAGCUUUGGGAUGGGACGACAUAGUUGUCCUGGGAGAUUUUUCGCGCAGCAGGAAUUGAAAUUGUUGAUUUCAUAUCUGGUCAUGUACUACGAAGUGGAAGAAUUGCCCGAAAGACCGGCGAAUCGAGAAAUGGGAGGAACGGGGAUGCCACCUGCGACGGCGACGCUUCGAACAGUUCUCACUUCCUCUCUUCCCUUCCUUACAAUAAUCCUCUUCCCCCUUCCCACCAUGAAAUACUCCCAUCCUACCCCUCCUCUCUCCAUCCCCAACUUCCCCAACUUAUCCACCAACUACCUCUACCGCGCCGACCCAUCUCGCUCCUCUUCCGAUCCCGCGGUGGCUGGCGGCGGCGGCGGGGGCGGCGGUGGUAGUACUCCAUCCCCUCGCAAUGGUCUUGGUAUCGUUGUCCCCGUAUUCGUUCCGAGAUAAUUUCCCCCUGGUUGAGUAAUAAGAUCACUGACUCUUCGGGUCCGCCGUCUGGGAUCUCGGGGAGCAGCCCCCGGAAACGGAAUCCCCAAUUGUCGAGCCAGAUUCUCAGCACGGCUGCGUGGGCGCCGCCUUCCCCUUGAACCAGAGGAAGCACCCACUUCUUCUCUUUGCCCGUCGUUAAAUCCCCCCAACCGGGAAAAUGUCUGAUCAGCCCGAGCCAUAUCGUCCUGGGAAACCAUCCGGCGUGGAGGACCUUCUUCUCCUCCUUCAUUCCAAUGCAAUGGCACCUCCGCUAGAGCUACUGGCGCAGAUCGCGAAGAACGUGGCGUUUGACUAAUCAUCAACAUGAUCGUCU